ACAAUAAUUCCAAAAAUAAUGAUUCUGAAAAUAAUGAUUUCGAAAACAAUGAUCCUGAAGACAAUAAUUCUGAAGACAAUGAUUCUGAAAACAAUGAUUCUGAAAACAAUGAUUCUGAAAAUAGUGAUUCUGAAAAUAGUGAUUCUAAAAACA